AUGGCAUUGGCACACCCUGCGCCGAACAGCCGGGUGAGCAACACGAGGUUGCCUCUGGCACGGCCAGCCCCCCGCAGUCGGUGGGUCGCGCGGCGGGCGCUCGCAAACUCAAGCCAGGAUGACAUCGCCAGGGCCCCCACGUGGAAGGACACCCUGAAGGGCGCCCUAUUCUGGGCGAACCCGGACCAUUGGGACAAGGUGCCAAGAUCCCCCUACCUGAGAUUCACCUUCAUGUUCCUCAAAGUCGUUGGGACCAUUGGCGGCUACCGAGGCCGUGCGGCCUUCGCACGGAGGAGUGGCCUCAAGGGCCUCAUGCAGCGGCGCGAGAAUGCUCUGGCCGUCGUGCAGAUGGCAUAUGAGAUGAACGUCGACGCCUUCCCCGCGGCAGCGGAGCGCCUCCGCGCCGCAGCCAAAUCCGCGAAGUGGGGAGGCGUCAACUGCGUGGCUGUCAUCCUUCCGUGCUACGCGCGCAGCAAGGAGGAGGUCAAGGAGUUGCGUGCGACGCUGCUGGCCUUGCAGGCACAGAAGCGCCCCCCGGAUGUGGUCGUUGUGGUGGACGACCAUUCGCCCAUCGACGCAACCGAUGCGCUCAAGGCGUGGAAAGACCCCGAAAGCUUGGCCCAUGUCCAACUUUGGAAGAACGUUGGCCCAGCCGGAGCCCGCUCCGUGGGGCUGCGACUGCUGCGACAGUGGGCACAAGGUCUGGACGUCGUAGUCUGCCUCACGGACAGCGACGCUGCGCCAGAUCCGGGUUGGACAGAGGCCAUGCUGAAGGCUCAGAUCAAGAGUCCUGGCAUCGUGUCGGGUCCCACUAUGUCGGUGGAUCGAAGUCACACCGGGCGCUUCCACGACCACUUUGGAAACCUGAAUGGACGAUGGACUUGGGAUGACAAGCGUGACGUUCUGCUCUACGGCUGCACGUGUAACUUCAGCGUAGAUCUGAACUCCAUUGGCGAUGCAGAGUUCGAUCCGAUCUUCUCCCGCCCUGGUUUCGAGGACAUCGAGUUCUGCUGGCGACUGCGGGUGGAGAGGGGCGUCUACACCAGGUAUUGUGACGAGGCCAAGAUGUUCCAUCAGUAUGAUCGCGGCCCUAUUGGAUUGUACAAGCAGUUCUGGAAAUAUGGGCACACUGAGCCGAUCAUGGCCUGGAUGCACCCGCAGUUUACUUUCCAGGGGUCCCGGCCUGUGACGCUGGGCUGGCGAGACCCCCGGGAUCCCGAGGAGGGAGGCCCGGCAGCGAUGGCGAAGUCGGCGGUGCGAGGUUUGGACGGUGUCGUGCGGUUCCUCAAGUGGCAAACAAAGCCUGCGCCGCGAGACGAGCCACUGGCACUGCCGCCGAAUUCGGAUCCUCCAAAGUGA